AUGAGCGAAGCGGCGGCUACCCCAACCGUCAAGGAGCACCUUGCAACCUCAUUCGACAAGAGUGCCAGUGCAGUCCGCGCGUAUACCGACCAAUUCGAGAAAGACUAUGCUCGGCCAGCCCUGCAUUCUGCCACGACAUAUUUCGAAGAGUUUCCCAUUACUUCGACUUUCGUCGCCGUAUUUGCGUCGCUCUCCUUCGUUCCUGUCGUAACUUUUCUUGUGUUUUCGCUGUUCUUCGUUCUCUCCAUCGCCGUCGUCGCGCUGUCUUCAGCGUUGCUACUCACAUCAACAGUGGUGCUCUUUUUCCUCUCCAUCUUGCUCUUGAGCUUAUGCGUUACCUUCUUCUUUGCUGGAUGCAUCACCCUCACCCUCUUGUCGACAUACGUCACUUACCGACUACUAAUUCUCGUUCGUGCUGAUGGGCGCGAAGGCGUAUCGACAUGGGCGGCGGAGACCAAGAGCAGAUUCGCCUAUCCUCGCCAAAGAAGGCGAAAGGAAGUGUUGAGGGAAGCAAGCGACGGAUCUGACUCUGCGGUGGUGGUCGAGUCGGACCCGGAGACCACUAAAGCAGAGCCAGAAACAUUCGAUUCGGACGUCACCAUCAAGCCGGAAGUGCAAGGUCCUGAAUGA